UCCUCACUAUACGAGAAGACAGUCUAUGUUAAAAGCCGAACGGGUUUUAAUAAAAGAGAGACCGACAAAUAUAACGUUUUUUUAAACAACAAAUCAAACAGAUAUCAACGUUUGUAAUUUCAGUCAUCGCUGAUUCUGUGGAUAUCCAAGACAUUCCGUAAAAAUUGUGUGAAUACAUAUCGAGGAAGACAGUACACUCCUGUUCACGUGAAAAUUGAAGAAAGGAGAGUAAUCAGUGACCGGAGAAGGACAAGUGAAUUGCCUCAUAGCAAUUUUUAAUCUGUGGAAAAUAAUUAUUAAAUCUUUGUCAAUCGAAAAAAAUGGCCUGGCUGAGAGUUAUUGCUGUUCUACUUGUGGCUGGACUUUAUGUCACGAUUGCCGAUGGUGCAGCAGUUCGCACCGAUAUUUUCGAGGAGUCACUUCAGGCUAUUGCACAGGAAACUGAGGACGAGAUGCUAAGGACCCAACGUGAAGCUGCUACACUCGCCCCACGAAUCACGAAAAAUAUUUGUGGCAAUCAACCGUGUGGAUGGGCAGUCUAUAAGCCAUUCAUAAGGCAACUUCAGACUUUCAUCUCGAAUACGUGCACGUGUAGUGACGCAAGCUACAAAUGCAUUCGCACGGACGACGACCUUUCGGUGAACGCCUACGUCUAUCACUGUCGCCAGAACACCACAGUAGACGACAUCGAGGCACCCGAAAAUGCCGACUAAUCAUUUGCCCCCACAAUUAGCCAUUUUUUCAUGAACUUCUUUUCAUUAGCUAGUACCCCUCAUGUGCGUGUGUUCCUCAUAUCAGUCGCUAGUAAUGGAGAAAACAGAGAGGGAAAUUACGAGAAAGUAAGUGACAAAUAUAGAUACAUAGGUAGUAAGACACUGUUUUGCUUUACUUUUGGAUUCUAAAUUUGUGAAAGAAAUGACUCUAGGCACCGACGUCGAUGGCCGAGUGGGCUAGAUGCAAGUCUAGUGUGCAGAAGGUUGAGGGUUCGGUCUCACGUGGAAAUGAAUUUUUCAACCUGAGGCCCUGGCACGCGCGAUAUUGCUAUUAGGGCGACCGUCUGUACUGACAUCUCUCGUAGGAGUACAAUUGCAGCAUAAUGUGCAUAGGGUUGGGUAAAAUUACCUAUUUAGCACCUGAUAAGGCACCCAGAGGUUGUAAUAAAAAAACAGAAAAUUUAAAAAAAUAAAAAAAAAUUACCGACAAUGUGCGGCAUCAAAAUACCUGCACUGGAUUUACGUUAUUUAAUAAUCUGAAAACGUUAUUUAUUGUUUUUUCUUUUUAAAAUUUGGCAAUCAUAAUUUUCACGUUCGAGGAUAUGAUAAGAGGAAAUUCGCAGUUGCAAUAUACAGAAAAAAUAAUGACAGAUUCUUCAUUCUCGAAUAAAAAUUAUAUAAAGAAUUACGUAAACAAUUUUACUGUAGGUACUAUAGGUACCUGCAGGUAUAAUUUUACUAUUUUCGAGGAUAUUGUUUAGAAAUGCAUUGCGCUCCAUGAUUACGCCACGUCGUUGAUAUUUUUUCUUGCACUUUUCUUUCUCCGUGAUGUUCCCAAUAUAUGUAUAGGAUAAACUUUAAAUUCAAUGAGUUGUUCUCUCCAAUAUCUGAUGAACUACGGGACCUGAAGAGGUCAAAUUUUUUCCGGUUUCCGCGUGAAGUACUACUGUUAUCAUAUUCUCAGAUAAGACCUUUUGACGAAUGAUGAAUAUCAAUUUUAUAAUAAAAAAUUCCCGCGUCUCAUUUUAUAAAACAAGACGGAGUUCAAAUCAGGCCAAAAUUUAGCGUUAAAUUUCGGUGAAAAAUGUACUAAGUCGAUAGCAAAAAUGACAAUAUAUUUACGAAUGUUAUUGCGUUGUUACUAGAUUUGAGGGGUGCUUUUCAUAAAUAGUAUGUCAUGUAGUAUAUUUUCCAUUCAAAAGUAGUCUCGCAGUGGUUAACACCAGAAAAUAUGAAAAUGAAAAAAAAAAUGUAAAAAUGUGUCCCACUUAGACGUCACUUAGUCGAUAAGUAAAGAUUAUCGGUAUUAAUUUGCUCAUUACGAAAUACAUGCAACUGCGUUGUGUAGAUACUACGGCGCUAGAUUAAACACUAUAAUUCAAUCAUCGAUUAAAAGAAAAUGAUGAUAAGGGCACUUGAGCGUUACGAAAUCUCAAAUGUUUUUCAUAGUCAUUUUCACUGUUAAACGGUAAUAUAAUUGUUAUCGAUAUCUGUACCAUUAAUAUUUGAUCCCUUCAUUAAUUGUCGAACAAAAAAUUAUUUGUGAACCAUUUACUUUGCUUUAUGGUAAUGCAACAAAAAUUAGCGACCGUUUCUCACUGAAAAAAAAACAUGAGAGAAAUAUUCGAUUAAUCUCCAAGGUCAACUGGUAUUCAGAAGAUAAUUUUUUGCAUUUGGAUCUUAAUCAAGCUCUCGCUCUAUCAUCAUGUUCGACAACCAUUUAAUAGUACGGAGUAAUAAAUUUAAGAAACAACUCUAAUUGCCUGGAAUCUGAAUGACAAAAAUAUUUCAAUCAUUUUUUAAGGUUCAUUCACCUCAUGUGUGCCAAGAAAAUGAUGAAAAUAACGAAAAAAAAUUAAAAUUAUUUUAAUGUCAGUUAAAAAUUCGAGACAUUGACACAGGCGCGUAGAUCUGCCACAUGAAUAUUAUCGUAGGACAGUAUUCUCAAUUGAUCGACUGUUCAUCACUCGUUCGUGAACUGUUCCACGGACGCGGUAAUGAAAUAGUAUGUUUCGUAACUAGGCCAGAAAAAAUUUGGUGAUGCACUAUAUGUUAACCACCAGUUGUUUUAAAUAUUUUGCACAGCAAUUAACUUAUUCCUUGAGGGAACAAAAAUGUUUUUUUGCGAGACGCCUUUCGUCCACGCGUACUCCCUCUCCCUGUCUGACGCGAUAUAUUUUUCUUCACUAUUUUUCAACGUUUUGUUGAUAUCUAUUGAAUUUUCGAUCGGUUUUUGGCUACGAUUUAUUUUUUGACGUUUUUUUGUUCCCUCAAUGAAAAAGCAAAACUCCAAAAUUUACCCAGAAUGUACUUAACACCGUAGAAGUAAUCGCCAUCAUGUCUCGACUAAUUUAUAUUAAUCCAAUUAUUUAUGAGAGGUUAAAACACAAAUAUUCAUUAUUCGUUACUUAAUACAACUGUACAAAAUUCGAUUUCUGGAAUUCGAGACUUUAUGUUCAGAGAAUCUUUGUAGUCAGUGGCUUAUAUUUUGACAUGGCGGUGUAAUCGUCUUAUUGAAUCAGCGAAAAUAAUUCAUCGUGUAAUGUUAACUAUUUAUUUCAUUGGUUGAUUAUUGAAAAGAAAAGAAAAAUAAGAGGGAGGAAAAAAAUACUGGAGGUCCUGAAGAAUUAAAUCAGCUUUCUACACCGUCAUCGGUUAUUUUUUCAAGAUACCUGAGUAUGUGUAAAGAAAAUCUAAAAAAUACGUUCUUCAGGCUGACGACACCAGCCUGGACAUCAUGAUCAUGAUUUCAAAAAAAGCCUUAGCGCUCCAUGUUAUAAUUAUCGUAUGAUUUAUACUAAUAAUAGCAGUCGCAGCGAAAGAUCGAAUGACUUUCGUUACGUUUUUUAAGGUUUUUCAAACAGAAUAGUUUCAAAUAGUUACAUUAUUUUUUAUUUAGUUCGAUGUAUUUUUACGCAGUAUUUCACUUAAUGUUAUGUAAUAUACAGAAUAAUGAAAAUAAAUUAUCUUAUACUUAUUGAUAAA